UGGUGUGGUACGACUUCCUUCCAAGUGAAUUUCGCUGGAGCUUAAGAAUUCUCUUGCCUCUCCUCGUUCGUAAUUUUGUGCUUUCCUUGCUGUCUCCGUUGACUGAGCGUUAACAAAAAAAAACUGGAAGUAAUUUGCAAUUUUAAGCAAGUUUAACAACAGCGAAGUGCAUUUACUCAAUAAAAUGGGACAAAUCAAGAAAGCUUCAUCCGCUUUGAGCAAAUUGUUCGUUUAUGGCGCCUUGAAAUAUGGUCAGCCAGGCAACUCGAUCUUGGCCAGUAGCAGCAAUGGUUAUGCCAAUUUGUGGUGCCGGGCAACAACGACAGAGAAGCUGCCGCUGGUUAUUGCCACGCGUUAUAACAUUCCAUUUCUGCUGAACAAACCCGGCAUUGGAUAUUAUGUAACCGGUGAGAUCUAUGAGGUGGACGAUCGCAUGCUCAACUCGCUGGAUAAUCUUGAGGAUUGCCAGGACGUCUGUUCGCGAGAGAAGCUGGACAUGAACAUCGGCGUCGGCGAGGGCACCGUUCCCUGCUGGGUCUACUUGCUGCAGAAGUAUCCCGAGAAGCUGCUGUCCCUGCCAUACUUGUCCAGCUAUGAGAACAGCUCCACACAUCCCUAUAUAAUGCGCCAUCGUCGUACUCACAAGCAUCCCGCCCAGGAUGAUCUCAGCUAUGAAGCCCAAAACUAAAGUGUUUUCAAAAGGGCGUGGCCAAUUAAUACUUUUACCGGUAGUUGCAUUUGUAGCAAGUAUAUUCACAUAUACAUAUACAUACUUAUAAUAUGUAUAGAUAUGUGAC